UUUUUUAUUUCUUCAAAUGUACGUUAUUUAAUUGAAUAGUUCAGUUGAUCUUUUUCAUGUUGGAGAUGGACAAGAAAAUACUUAUAUCAAAUUAUUAUCGACUGGGUUUAACGUUCAGAGAAAUUGCUGAUAUAUUGAGUCGGUGCAACAAGAUUAAUGUUUCUGUCAGACAAAUUAAACGGAUUACUUCCUCUCAAGGAUUAUAUCGAAGGAAAAAUAAGUCUAAUGUGUUAAAUGUUGGAUACUUUAUAUACAUGGAAAUUCAAAGAUCAGGUCAAUUACAUGGGUAUAAAUGGAUGCACUCUAAGUGUUUGGAGAACGGUUAUGUCAUAGAUCAAGAAACCGUGCGGAUCAUUCUCAAAUGCAUUGACCCAGAAGGUGUCAGAUGUCGUACUAAAAGACGCUUAAGACGCAGAGAGUAUGCGAAUCCAGGUCCAAAUUAUCUAUGGCAUUUGGAUGGUUACGAUAAAUUAAAGCCGUACGGUAUAUGCAUUCAUGGUUGUAUAGAUGGAUAUUCGAGACAAAUAAUAUGGCUUGAGGCAGCUUCUUCCAAUAACAACCCCCGACUCAUUGCGGGGUACUUUAUGGAUGCUGUUUCGGAAAUACAAGGUUGUCCGAAAAUAGUACGAGCUGAUAUGGGCACAGAAAAUGGAACUGUGCGUCAACUACAAAUAUUUCUUCGAGAAGAUGAUGCCACAUGUAACCCAAACAGCGUCUUCUUGUAUGGGACGAGUCGAUGUAACCAAAGAAUUGAAAGCUGGUGGGGCAUCUUAAGAAAAGAGUUUGCACAAUUUUGGAUGAACGUUUUUGAGUCGUUUAAGGAUGAUGGUCAUUACUCUGGUGAUCAUCUUGACCAGGAAUUGAUACGCUUUUGCUUUCUUGAGAUAAUUCAGGAUGAACUAGACAUGGUCGCACAAACCUGGAGUAGUCACAGAAUUCGGAAAACGAAAAACCAAAGAACGCCAAAUGGGAGACCUUUUGUGUUGUACAAUUUUCCUGAACUUUGUGGCACAGAAGAUUUCUUGUGGGACGUUGAGGAAAUAAAAAUAGAUUUGUGUAAAGAGCAUUGCAUCAAAAAGUCCGAAGUGCCUUGUGAUCAAGAUUUGUUUGAAUUGUGUCAUCUUGAAAUGGAAAAUCAUGGGUGGCACAAGCCAAUUAACCCACAAGAAGCAAUUGACUUGUACAUAUCAUUAUCUCCUGUCAUUCGAAACUUAUUGAUUUAAAAAUCAAAUGCACUGAAAUGAAGAUUGAUUCAACUUAUUAUUUGUUUAAAGUUUCAUUUUCAAAUAUGAAUACCUAAAAAUCAGUGUAAUUUUAGAGUAGAUGGUAUGAAUUUGUGAUUAUUAUCUAUGCAUUGGCAAAUUUUUCAAUUUCAGAUUUCUUUGAAAAUAAAAUAAUGAUAAUUAUCAUGCCAUUUUACUGAGGUCCAAAGAAAAGAAUUCAAAGGUGUGAAAUUUCUGAUGCAAGAAGCACAUGGAUGAAAUAAUAGUAAAAAAUAAAUGUGUUUGUGAAACACUAUGCGCCUGGCGGCAACAAAGUUAAAAAAAACAUGUUUUAGCAUAUAGGUCACAGUCUAGGUCACAAGGUCAAUGAUCUUGAUGUCAUUCGAAAGAACUUGAUUAGUGAAGUAUACAUACUAAAUAUGAAAAUAUGAAUUCUUUAUCUCUCAUGAUUCAGAAGUUAUGGUGAAGGUUCAAAAAGGUUAUUUUAGUAUAUAGGACACAUUCAAAGUCACAAGGUCAUUGACCUUUGUGUCAUGUGAAAGGGCUUAAUAAGUGGAGUAUACAUGCUGAAUAUCAAGUCUCUAUCUUUCUUCCUUCAAAAGUUGUGGCGAAGGCUAACGUUUGCCAACAAAAAAGUUAUAUUUAGUGUAUAGGUCACAUUUAAGGUCAGAAGGUCCUUGACAAAGGUGUCAUUUAAAAGAACUUAAUGCGCAGAGUAAGCAUGCCAAAUAUGAAGUCUCUAUCUUUUAUUGUUCGAAAGAUAUGGCGAAGGUUAAUGUUGUAUUUGUAAUUGUAUUAAACAUAGGUAAUCAGAGAUUACAGAGCUCACCUCAACGAAUCUUGUCUUUAAGUAAGGCAAAGUCACACAAUUAACCAACAAGAAGUGUACAUUCCAAAAAUGAAAAUAUUUAAGCAAUUUUAAUCUGAUUUUGAAAUAGACCUACAUAAAAAAUUUAAACUAGUUCUUCUUCAUGAAAAUGUAAUUAAAAUCCAGCAUCUGAAGCAAAUUUGAGGGUUUCCAUCUCUUGAUGCAACAUUUGUGCAAGUUUGGUUUAUACAAUGUUAUACAAGCCUUAUAGUUUAUUGGUAAUAGACCUGCACCCAUAACUUUUACCUGGUCUAUUAUCUGAAAAUGUAUGUCGAAUUCAGCAUCCGAAGCAAGUCCAUUAGUGUGCAUCCUAAGAUGUAUCAUCCAUGCAAGUUUGCUCAUUAUAGGGCUCAUAGUUAAUUGGAAAUGAAACCUGCAU